UUGUGCAAAUUGAAAAACCCUUUCACGCGCUUCUUCCUGGAAUACAAAUACCUAGAAGUCUAGAACGCACGUCCCUCUCUCACAUUGCUGUCUUCGACGCGCCUCCGAUCAUUUUCCGGCGAUUUAUAAAAUACUCCGUCGGAAAAGUCCUGAUCCGAUCCACGGAUUUCAUAAUCCAGAAGUCAAACGAGUAGAUCAGAUAGAUGGCUCCAGUUUCGGCUCUUGCCAAGUACAAGCUCGUAUUCUUAGGAGAUCAAUCCGUGGGGAAAACCAGUAUCAUUACUCGCUUCAUGUACGAUAAAUUCGAUACCACUUAUCAGGCAACUAUUGGUAUUGAUUUCCUGUCAAAGACAAUGUACCUUGAAGAUCGUACAGUGAGAUUGCAGCUUUGGGAUACAGCAGGGCAAGAGAGAUUCAGGAGUCUUAUACCCAGCUAUAUUAGGGACUCAUCUGUUGCUGUUAUUGUGUAUGAUGUUGCAAGCCGGCAGUCUUUCCUUAACACUUCAAAGUGGGUAGAGGAGGUUCGGACUGAGCGUGGGAGUGAUGUUAUAAUUGUCCUUGUUGGGAAUAAAACUGACCUUGUUGAGAAAAGACAAGUCUCAAUAGAAGAAGGAGAGGCUAAAUCUCGUGAAAUGAAUGUCAUGUUUAUUGAAACCAGUGCAAAGGCUGGCUUCAAUAUAAAGCCGCUUUUUAGAAAAAUCGCUGCAGCCUUGCCGGGAAUGGAGACAUUAUCCUCAGCAAAGCAAGAUGACAUGGUCGACGUCAACCUCAAGUCUACAAACUCAAAUUCGGCCCAGUCUCAACAACAGCAAGGAGGAUGCGCUUGUUGAUUUCAUGUUUGCGAUUCUCCAUCUUCUGUUCGGUUGUGCCUGUAAAGAUCAUCUUUCAUAGCAUUCGAGAGUUUCGGUCAUGUUUAAAAGAUACAGGAUAUUGUCAUUAUAGUUUGUUAGACCUGGUAUUUGUCAGCUGGUUGGUAUCUGUAUCAUCUUCUAGGACCAAGUCAUUUAGAUUAUAUUCUUCUUCUUGGGUCAAAAUUUUCAAAGAUGUUCUGCAGUUUUGUAUGAAAAUCCUUGUUAUUCAAUAGUAUGUUUGGCUGCUAUUUCUACUC